CAUAUUGGUUUAAUUUUGUUUGCAGUUUUCAAACCUUUUAGUUUAUUCCCCAUCUGUCUCUCGCUCCUUCGCUGCUUCCCGUGAAACAGAGGAGCACAAAAGAAAAACUACAAAAUGGGUAAGGCAGAAAACAUUAACAGCAUGGAGGGAACACUGGAGAUUGGCAUGGAAUAUAGAACAGUUUCCAGAGUUGCUGGGCCUUUAGUAAUCCUUGAUAAAGUGAAGGGACCCAAGUUUCAAGAAAUUUUUAAUAUUCGUUUAGGGGAUGGAACAACCAGACGUGGUCAAGUCCUUGAAGUUGAUGGAGAAAAGGCUGUUGUUCAGGUUUUUGAAGGAACAUCUGGAAUUGACAACAAAUAUACCACCGUGCAAUUUACAGGAGAGGUGUUGAAAACUCCUGUCUCUUCGGAUAUGCUUGGGCGCAUUUUCAAUGGCUCUGGCAAGCCAAUAGAUAACGGUCCACCUAUCUUGCCUGAGGCAUAUUUGGAUAUCUCUGGGAGUUCUAUUAAUCCUAGUGAGAGAACCUAUCCUGAAGAAAUGAUACAGACAGGGAUUUCAACAAUUGAUGUCAUGAAUUCAAUUGCUAGAGGGCAAAAAAUCCCUCUCUUCUCAGCUGCUGGUCUUCCCCAUAACGAAAUUGCUGCUCAGAUUUGUCGUCAGGCUGGUUUGGUGAAACGUUUGGAGAAGGCAGGAGAUCUUUUUGAGGAUGGUGAAGAAGAUAAUUUUGCAAUUGCGUUCGCGGCUAUGGGGGUAAACAUGGAGACUGCACAGUUCUUCAAACGUGACUUUGAGGAAAAUGGCUCAAUGGAGAGAGUGACUCUUUUCCUAAACCUGGCAAACGAUCCCACAAUUGAGCGUAUUACUCCUCGUAUUGCUCUUACUACUGCAGAAUACUUGGCGUAUGAAUGUGGGAAGCAUGUUCUUGUGAUCCUUACAGACGUAUGCUCUUCGUGA